CACCAGCUGCUCAAGAGGCAGGCGGCCAUGUUGCAAGCAUCAUCGAACGGCUUGCUACAAAGGAGAACAACCAGCCAGGUUCCGAGGCCCACGCAAAGAGCUUCUUUGUUAAGGACAGACAGCCUGCUCGGAGCAUCCUUCGAAAGCCUGAAGAUGUCGCUUCUCUGGAGGCAUUACAGGACAAAAUGACCACUUUGGCUGGCGACCUGCAAACCUUCAAGUCGCAACCUCAGACAUCGCGUCGGGACUCCUUAAAUGGAAGAGCAGGCCUCUUAGCUCCGGCUGCAAAUGCACCGACCCCUCCGAGGUACCCAGAGGCUCUGGCCGCAAGCUUGCAGCCUGCACAUCGCGCUCCUUAUCAACUGCCACACAACAGACACGAGGCCCAACCUACGCAACAGCUCAUAUCAGCCUUCCCUGAUACCAGCAGCAAUCAUGAUGAUGACGGGGGCCUAGGUUGCCACAGUGAGGGACCUGCUGACGACGUUAUCAGCAUACCGGCAGGCGCCAUCGGCACAUCAAAAGCCGCAAAGACCGCGGCUGAGACCUUCGACUUGGGCAUUAAGCAGAUCAUGAACGAGGUCCUCACCAGGCAGCUGAAGCGCACCAAGCACGGCGCAACAGAGCAGUCACGGAUUGGCGAGCUUGCGGAUCUGGUGAAGAGCCUUCGCAAAUGCGUCAAGGAGCUGGGGUCGCGGAUAACGAUGUACAUUGACAUGAUGACCAAGGUCGAGCGGGAGGGCGCUCAGCAGGUGGAGGCGGCUCAGCUUGCCGCGCAAUCAAUGUGCAAGAAGUUAGAGGUUGAGGUCGCAACUGUCCGGCUGAACCUUGCGCAAUGUGAGCGCGAGUCCAGGGAAGACAAGGCCAAGCUUGGCUUCGACCUUGAGACCGUGCGCGCAG